AUGUUCCCAUUGACCAAACAACUUACGCCUUUCUUUCACCUACCGCAAGUGUUUCCAAUAUGGCUCGAGUCACAUUUGAAAAUGCAUUUGUAUUAUCUAUCUAUCUAUCUAUCUAUCUAUCUAUCUAUCUAUCUCAUUACAAUCAUUUCUUUUCUUUCUUUCUAUUUAUCUAUCUCAUUACAUUCUUUUAUGUCUAUCUAUCUAGCUAUCUAUGAAUCUAUCUAUCUGUCUAUGUAUCUAUUCGCACUAUCUGCAGUCUUAUAUCUAUCUAUCUAUCUAUCUAUCUAUCUAUCUAUCCAUCUCUCUAUCUCAUUACAAUCGUUUCUUUUCUUUAUUUCUUUCAUUCUAUUUAUCUAUCUCAUUACAUUUAUCUAUCUAGCUAUCUAUGAAUCUAUCUGCAGUCAUCUAUCUAUCUAUCUAUCUAUCUAUCUAUCUAUCUAUCUAUCUAUCUAUCUAUCUAUCUAUCCGCACUAUCUAUCUAUUUCAAACAGUUCAUAUCUAUCUAUCUAUCUAUCUAUCUAUCUAUCUAUCUAUCUAUCUAUCUAUCUAUUUCAAACAGUUCAUAUCUAUCUAUCUAUCUAUCUAUCUAUCUAUUUCAAACAGUUCAUAUCUAUCUAUCUAUCUAUCUAUCUAUCUAUCUAUCUAUCUAUCUCAAACAGUUCAUAUCUAUCUAUCUAUCUAUCUAUCUAUCUAUCUAUCUAUCUAUCUAUCUAUCUAUCUAUUUUUCCAAAUUCACCGAUACGUGACAUUAAAAAUAAUCCCAAAUAG